CCGCCGCCCCACGCCACCUCUCCUUCCCUCCCUCUCCUACCCCUCCCAUCAUCCCCCCCUUCCCAUGCCCUCAUCCCCCUCCCACCGGCCAGCACAACCAACCACUACCGUCCCGCGCACCCCCCACCACCACCACCCAUCCCAUACCACAGUAUCUCCCUUCCCUUCUCCCCGCCCCUCCCCCACCAUCAUCCCAGCACCGUCCCACCCGUCCCACAUAAGCCACUCCAUCCAGAGGCCAUCAACCAAUCCCCUUCUCAUACCCCCAACCCCCCCAUCAAUUCCCGCUCCCCCCCACAAAAGCUCUCAUUAGCCACUCUCCCACCAAAGCCAACAGCUCCUUCAAAUAAUUCCACCACGCCAACUACUUGCAACUUUUCUUUCAUAUUACAAUUCCUUAAUGGUUUCCGCUGAAAAACAAUACACUAUUUAAAUAUGUAUAUACAUUUUUAUAUAUUAUGUAGUUUCGAUAACUGAUACAAUAGACCAAAUUAAUAUAUAUACUCUAUACAAAUGAUUACCAAAGUAUAUAUAUCUUAAUACCUAUGGUAUCACACCUAUGUACAGAAUAAAACUAUUAGAAUGUUGCAUUAUAAUUCCGUUCACGUAUAAUGGUAAUUAAUCCCAACUGAUCCUGCUUCCGCUGGGGGGGAGGCAAGCUGGUAGUGCGCAUGCGCGCCCGCACGCGGGAAAGGUUCAUCGUAGACACAAUGACCACUAAAGAUAUCCCCAAAGUUGCCUAUAUUACUGACUCGAAACUAAUAUGCUGCUGUGAUGCAAUACCAGUUUUAAAACGCCGGGCAAGUUUAACUCAUCAUCUCAUUGCUGCCUAUGGACUGGUUGGUAAAAUGAAUGUUAUUCCGUCUCAACCAGCUACCGAAGAUGAUGUUAGGGGCUUUCAUUCAGAAGAUUAUGUAAAAUUCCUUGAAGUGGCAAAACCUGAUGGUCAAGAAUUGAACGAGGAUGAAUUUGGAUUAGGAUUUGACUGUCCAAUACUCAACAACUUGUGGACAAUAGUCUGUCAGGUGGCUGGUGCAUCUUUGACCGCUGCUCUUGCUCUUACAUCGUCCACAGCACAAAUUGCCAUUAACUGGUGCGGUGGAUGGCAUCAUGCUCAGAGAGAUUCUGCCUCUGGAUUUUGCUAUGUAAAUGACAUUGUUCUAGCUGUGCGACAUCUGCGCACAAAGUUUGACAAGAUCUUGUACAUUGAUUUGGACAUUCAUCACGGAGAUGGUGUGGAGAAUGCUUUUCUGUUCAGUCCCAAGGUGGUUACUCUGUCAUUUCAUCAGUUAGAGACCGGUUUCUUCCCUGGCACCGGUGAGCAAAAAGAUGUCGGCCUCGGGAAAGGCAGAUAUUACAGCUUUAAUGUCCCUUACAAAGCUGGGAUAAACAAUAAACAGUUUGUGUACUUAUUUGAGAGUAUUCUAUACAACUUGUGUGAAGUAUAUAUGCCAAAUGCUGUGGUUUGCCAGUGUGGGGCUGAUGCUGUCAGUGGUGACCCUCUUGGAGGAGGCAAUUUAACCCCAGAAGCUUUCAAAUCCUGUGUACGUCAUAUCUUGAACCUCCACAAGCCCACUCUCUUUCUUGGAGGAGGAGGUUACGACAAUAUAAACACAGCCAAACUGUGGACAGUUAUCACAUCUACCAUUCUUGAUACUCCCCUUAGUGCUGAGAUUCCUGAGCAUCAGUUCUUUCCGCUGUAUGGCCCAAGCUUUGAGUUGGAAGUAACAGCAGGACUUCGGAAAAGUGAAAAUACUCAGAAGUCUCUAGAUGAAACUGUUUGGGCUGCUCAUGAAAAUAUAAAAAAAUUAGCUGAGCUACUAGGAAAGAAGGCUUCAUAGUUGUUAAAUAAUAUUUAUGUGCUGUAUUAAUAUAUUAUUUUAAUGAAUUUGAAUAUAUGGAGAUUCAUUUUCUUGUUUUAGGUACAGUGAUUAAUCAGUAUGUAAAUAUAUAGUUUUUGCUGUGAUAUAAUGUUAGUUUCUUUAGAUUUAUUUUUAAAUACUUUUUCACCUAUUUUAAAGGGCAGUUUCCACCAAAAUGGUCUGCUUUGAAUACUUUGUGUAACUCUGCAAAACCUAGCUAUUUAUGAACAUUUUAAGCAUGAAAGAAAUUUACAAAUUCUUUGUAUUUUUUAUUUAAAUGUUUUCUGCUGUAAGUAUUUAAAAUAUUGACAGUACAGGAUAGUUACCAGGUAUUAUUUUAUUAUUUUUAUUGAUAUGAAAACUUAAAACAUAAUCAGAAUACAGUAAUUAAAUAAAAGGUAAGCCAAAUUAUUUUAAUUGGCAGUAAUAUUACACCCAGAAAUCACAAUAACGUGAUGCAUCAAAUGAACAAAUCCACAAGGGCUGUGACGAGGAUUCGAACCUGCGUCCGGGAGCAUCCCAGACGCUGCCUUAAUCGACUGAAUCGAUUAAUUGAUUAAGGAAUCGAAUCGACCUCAGUCGAUUAAGGCAGCGUUUGGGAUGCUCCCGGACGCAGGUUCGAAUCUUUGUCACGGCCCUUGUGGAUUUGUUCACUUUGCAGUAAUAUUGUUCAGCAUUUUAUGGGACCAUGUUCUUUAUGGGAAUAUUUAAAUUUCAAAACAACAUUUUGUGUUUAAGUCAUUGCACAAGUGUUAGUUUUUGUUUGAUCUUUAUACAAAUUUUCUCAAAAUGCAUGGUUUAAAUUAAUAGUAAAAGGUGAGAGAUUUUUAGUAAUUAAAAAAAAUUGUGAAAAUGACUUAAAAAGGUCACCAAACUUUGUUUUAUUAGAUCGAUUGUCUUGAUUUUUUUUUAUUGUAUGUUGAAAAUAAACAUUUAUUUAUUUA